CACUUGGAUUUGGAAGACCGCCUGGCAAAAUUUAUGAACACAGAAGAAGCCAUUAUAUACUCAUAUGGAUUUGCCACCAUAGCCAGUGCUAUUCCUGCUUACUCUAAGAGAGGGGACAUUGUGUUUGUAGAUAAAGCUGCCUGCUUUGCUAUUCAGAAGGGAUUACAGGCAUCACGUAGUGACAUUAAGCUAUUUAACCAUAAUGAUAUGGAUGACCUUGAGCGACUAUUGAAAGAACAAGAGAUUGAAGAUCAAAAGAAUCCUCGCAAGGCUCGUGUAACUCGACGUUUCAUUGUAGUCGAGGGGUUAUAUAUGAAUACUGGAACUAUUUGCCCUCUUCCAGAAUUGGUUAAGUUAAAAUACAGAUAUAAAGCAAGGAUCUUUCUGGAGGAAAGCCUUUCGUUUGGAGUCCUGGGGGAGCAUGGCCGAGGAGUCACUGAACAUUUUGGAAUCGAUAUUGAUGAUAUUGACCUUAUCAGUGCCAACAUGGAGAAUUCACUUGCUUCUAUUGGGGGUUUCUGCUGUGGCAGGUCUUUCGUAAUUGACCAUCAGCGACUUUCCGGCCAGGGAUACUGCUUUUCAGCUUCAUUACCUCCCCUCUUAGCUGCUGCUGCAAUUGAGGCCCUCAACAUCAUGGAAGAAAAUCCAGGUAUUUUUGCAGUGUUGAAGGAAAAGUGCAAACGAAUUCAUAAAGCUUUACAAGGGCAGCUGUCCUGGUUAGGAUCUGGCCACACAUUCCAGCCUGCCCUCCAUGCAUGGUCCAUGGCUCCUAUGGCUGUCCAGUUUUCAAAGCUUUUGCAGUACUAUUCAGCUCUGCCUCACUUUUGCACCACUCAGUGGCCAGUCUGA